AUGAUGAUGAGCAGCCGUCGAAGCAGCAAGAAGACAAAGACUAAGGAGGAUUCAGAGUCACUUCCUCCUGAUCUAGUGAUCGAGAUCUUGAGGAGAUUGCCUGUGAAACUUGUAUCAAGGUUUCUCCUUGUAUCCAAGUUAUGGUCAACUAUCAUCCGCAGUCAAGAUUUCAUCAGAUCGUUCCCGUUUCCUCCUUCGAUCCCUCAGCCGCAGCGUCUUCUCUUUGCUCUCAAUAGCUUAGAUAACCAAAACUGGAUCUUCUACUUGGAGGAGGAGAAACCAGCUCUCUCUUGUCUUUCUCGUACCAAAUGCCAAAUCCUGAAUAGGCGUCUCUUGGAUGUUCAUUACGUCAAUGGCUUGAUAAACCUUGGAUAUGGUCAACAACAAGUCAUCACAAACCCUAGCACCGGUAAGUACAUAAACUUGCCCUUGGUCGAAGUCAAAUCAAGUAAAAAGAUCAUUCUCAAAAGCUUUUUCGGACACGACCCAAUCGGUUUCCAAUAUAAAGUGUUGUGCAUGUCGGUGUCGGAAAACGUGAAAGACUCAAGUGUCCCUUCUUGUGAACAUCAAGUAUUCACACUUGGAGGCAAUCAUGGAGGAUCAUUGAGUGUGACACUCCACAUUGUCCCAAAACUAACGGUUUAUGCAUCAAUGGGGUUUUGUAUUAUGGUGCUUACACGGGCAGCAACAUGUUGCAAUGGUGCUUACUGA